CGAGACAGGCUGCAAUGCUGGUGCCGCCAUGGCUAGAGUCAUUGCUAAGUACAGCCUUUUUCACAGUUUGCAGAACACAUGGAGAUGCAGCUAGGGGUGAAUGUAACAUGUACUGUUUAGAUUGUAAUGGAGAUUCAUUUUGCUUUUAUUGCCGCUCUUCUAAACACAAAGAUCAUCAAGUAAUUCAGAUAAGGAGAUCUUCAUAUCAUGAUGUAGUGAGGGUUACAGAGAUUCAAAAGGUAUUGGAUAUAAGUGGGGUACAAACUUAUGUGAUAAACAGUGCCAGGGUUCUGUUUCUGAAUGAGAGGCCUCAACCAAAAUCUGGAAAAGGAGUAGCUCAUAUUUGUGAAACCUGUGGAAGAAGCCUCUUGGACCCUUUUCGUUUUUGUUCAUUGGGAUGUAAGCUUGUAGGAAUAAAGAGAAAUGGGAAUGCAAGUUUUACCUUAGAGGCCAAGAAUGAGAUGUUGAUGGAUAGAAGAGAAUUAGGCAUAUCAGGGGAAGUAGGAGAAUUGCGUGAAGGCUCACAACAAGACAUUAACCCGCCACCUCCUUCAAGUGCGAGGAGAAGAAAAGGAAUUCCUCACCGCGCACCUUUUGGAUAUAAUGCUUGGAGCAUGGAAAAGUGUGGAAGGAAUGCAAGAGGAAAAAAACAUCAAUUAAGGCGGUGCUUCUCCUUAUCACGACACAAUCCAUUUUUUGGUGAAUGCAAACUUCUGAGGCCGAAUUGUUUUGAGUAUUCUGACUCCGUGUAUAAAUAUCUGCAUGCUUUGAGUAAGGGGCUUGAAUUUUCCUGUAUGGUUGGAAGGGGAAAAAGCCAAAUUAAGGAACACCAGGGACACGCAAUGGCUUAUGUCAAGAGCCAGACAUCAAAUUAUUGGUCAGGCUGGCCUUCGAAUCUUCAUGGGGGGCAAUUACAUUUGGCAUUUAAUGAAGUAAUCCAAUUCAACUUCUUGGCCAAAUUGGAGGAUUCACAGCAAUGA